AUGCCGAGUGCUCAGGAGGCGAGCUGGGUGGGGAGCUGCCCGUGGGUGCUGAGCAGCCACCAGUUUUUCCCUGUUGGUGCUCCAGCCCCGGCACACCCCGAGUCGGCGCCUAUGCUGCAGCCUGAGAACCACCUGAGCCCACACCACAAACCUCUGCCCCAGGACGCACUAUGCCCCCCAAGAGAAGGCAGAAACUGCAGCAAGAGCAGAAGGGGCAGCCAGCUGUGGCUGCACCCCUGGAGGGAGCUGCUGAGGGGGCUGUAGCCAGCAGAGAAGAGGUGCUGCUGCAGCAGGAGUACAGCCACCUUUGCAAGGAGCUGGAGGACAUGAAGGGGGCACGUGUUCAGCUUCAGGAGGAGAACGAGUUCCUGCAGCAAGAGGCCCAGCGCCUCCGUGCUGAGAGCCAGGAAUUCAUGUGCUAUGUGGCCAAGCGGGCCCAGCGGCGCCAGGAUGCCAUCGUCUCCCUGAAUGAUCAGAACAAGCAGGCCGUAGAGGAGAUCCACAGGGAGCAGCAGGAACUGCUCACCCUCUACCAGAGGAAGGAGGCAGCUCUGCGGGAACAACUGUUGCACAAAGAGGGUGAACUUCUCCGCCUUCGCAAAGAGGUUGAAGGCCUGCGGGAGAUCCAGGCACUGCAGCAGGAGCAGGCUGCCCACAUCAGGGAGCUGCAGGGAGAGCUGGUGACCACCAGGCAGCAGCACACUCAGCACCUGCAGGAGACCAAAAGCCAUUUCCUGCAAGAGAAGGCUGCCUUUGAGCAGAAGUCCCAGCAGCAGGUGCUCUGCCUGCUGCAGCAGGCACAGGAAGUGGUUGCACGAUGCAUGCAGGAGCAUAGUGACCAGGUGAAAUGUGAGAACCAGGAGCUGCGGCAGGAGCUGCACCAACUUAUCCAGCGAUCACGCACACUGCAUUUACACAAGCGCCGGUUAGAGAAUCAGGCCCAGCAGCUGCUGCGAGAGCGUUGCUACAUGCAAGACAUGGCUCGCCUGUACCACACCCACCAGGGCAAGAAGUAGCCCUAACUGUGACCCCAGGAAUGAGCUGACAGAGAGGUGGCCACUACUCACUGCCAUGACUUGCUUUUGGUAUUAGAAUUAUUUAGGUCAGGGGUUCUUCAAACUGGGGGUCGGGACCCCUCAUGGGGUCACGAGGAUAUCACAUGUGGGCAUCAAGAGUGGUCAGUCUCCACUCCAAACCCCACUUUGCCUCCAGCAUUUAUAAUGGUGUUAAAUAUAUAAAAAAGUGUUU